CAACUUUCAACUAUUGAGGCCCAUGUUGAGUUGAUGAGGAAGCAGAAAAAAUCCAAUGACAAUGUGCACAAAGCUCUUGUUAAUGAGCUACGGAAGCAUCUCUCUGAAGGGGAUGAAGGGGUUGAAAUAGAAAAAGUUCCACGAGGUCUUAAGAAGCCGGUGGGGACAAAGAAAGUUGCGGAUGUGGCCGGUGUGAGUGACACCAGCAAGCGUAUAAAAACUGAAAUGGGCAAAGAUUAUUUGCAUGAAAAUGAACCCAGCACAUCACAAGCUCAUGAUGUCGGGAUUAACCUUAAGACAGACAGUCCACGACGUGCUCAAAUUGUGCCCACUGUGCAGACAUUCACUAAAAUCUAUCCAAAAACUGAAAUUUUGCCACCCGAGGGAGAUGAAGCAGAAGUAGAAUACACUGAACACUCCGCACUGCUUACUGGUACUACCAACAACAUUCAAACAGACAAUGACAGAACAAGUGCAAGGAAAGAGUCCUCGACAGCUUCAGCUAGGGACAGAUCGUUGGAUUACGAGGUAUCUAUGCAACAAUCGAACGAAGACCUUCCCUUUGGUGACCUGCCAAGUCCCUUGGAACCUCCAGAAGAAGAAGAUUUUGAAUUAGACGAGGUGAACAGACUGAGUGGUGAAACCGAGCGUUCGGACAUUUUUCUAGAACUCCACGAUGCACCCG